CAAUAAAUAACAGCCUCAAGAAUUUUUGGCCCUUUGCUAGAAAUUUGAUUUGAAAUAAGAUGAUAGCAUCUCAUUCAAAGUCAAAAUUGGCUGCUCUCAGUCAUAAUUGUACUUCCAAAACUUUGUGUGUAAGAAUUUUUAAUAACAUAGGAGUACUGUGUAAGGGAGAACAUGACACUCAUACUCAUCCAAAUUCAGAGGUCGCUGAUGCAUACAAAGGUAUGGAGAUUUGUUGGGUUUGCUUCAGCUGUUGUUGGACUUGUUUGUUAUGCUCUAAGCUCUUCCUUCAACCAUCUAUUUGGAAACUGGACUUUGUUGAAGAUAAUUCUUUACACUGUUUUCAGUUUCAUUAUCUGCCUUGUGAUUUUGUAUACAAAUAUAUGGAGCCACUCGAGAAGUCUUCGGUUCAAAGCUCAUACAGCGUUUUUGGUAUUGACAAUCACCUCUGUCUAUUCCUUUUACUUCGAUAAAGUGAUGAAUGGAAAACCAGAUGUAUAUAGCUUAAUUUCAUGUGCUGCCUUUGCUAUCAUGUCGCUGAGUUUGUCGCGGCAAACUCAGAGCGGAUUCGAAGUGGAUCUUCUUUACUUUUUUCUCGGAUGUCUAAUUGUGUUACUCAUGAAGGUUAGAUUGCAGUUAUUCAUUCUUGGAGCAGGUUUAAGUUAUUCCCUUAUCAUUCUUCGUUCUUUCGUUUCUUCUACACAAGAUAUUGUAUACUCUGAACUAGAACAUGAAAGUUCAGUAAUUAUUGAAGUCAAUUCGCUGCAACAACUAGCCAGUACUGAUAUUCCUAGUACAAUAGAACAACUAAGGUCUUAUCUUAACACUCUCCAGCAGAAAAAUUUGAAUCUUGUGGAUAUACUGUUGAAGCAUGUGAAUGAAUAUGGUGACUCUGAAUUGAUGUCGUUCGGCCCCAACUUCAUGAUCAAUGAGUUGCAGCCAGAAUUGAUCAACUACCUUCAUGAAACCGCAAAGUUGAUGGUUCGCGCUGGAUUUGAGGAAGAGUUUUCUAAGGUAUACAUCAAUUGUAGAAGGAAGUGUUUGGAGGAGUGCCUAAUAAAUAGAUUAUUUGGCUUGCAGAAGAUUAACCUCAAGAAUGAACAUCGACAGGUGAGAUAUGUAGAUACUGUGAUUAAAAGGUGGAUCACAGCAUCCGAAAUUGCUCUUAAGAUUCUAUUUCCUUUCGAACAACGACUCUGUGAUCAUGUCUUUUCAGGUUUCACCUCCUCCGCUACUCGUUGUUUCACCGAGGUUUUCCACGGAACAACAUUUCAGCUUCUGAAUUUCGCUGAUGAAGUUGCUCAUGGAAGCCCUUCAAUUUGGCGUUUAUUCAAAAUGCUCGCAAUCUUUGAGACAUUGCAUUAUCUGAUACCGAAAUUCCAGUUGUGUCCUGAUUCGUUGGUGAACGAAGCAGCAGUUACAGUCCAAAACAGAUUAGGCAUAGCAAUCAGUGAACUUUUCGUGAAACUGAACUAUCUUAUUUUUCGUGUCCCAGCAGCUAAGAAAGUUGCUCCGUCUGAUGGCCGAGUUCAUCCAAUGACGGUCCAGAUAAUUAGUUACCUUGCUUCUGCUUGUAGGUCUCGUCAUACACUAGAACAAAUUUUGCAGGAAUAUCCCAAGGUGAAUAAUGGAGUAGUAGUGAAAGUUUCUUUUAUAGCACACAUGCAGUGGAUAUUGGAUAUACUAGAGAAAAGAUUGAAAGCCAAGUCUAAAGACUACAAAAACCCUGCUUUGGGCUAUCUUUUCAUGAUGAAUAACAGGAGUCACAUAGAAGCUAUAAUUACAAGUUGGGAUUUGGAAACCAUUUUCGGCGAUGAUUGGUUCAAAAAAUAUCAAGCAAAAAUACAACAAGACUUUGAUCUUUAUCAAAGAAACUCAUGGAACAAGGUGUUGGAGUUUUUGAAGUUGGACAACAAUGACUUUGUGGCACCCGAUGAUAAUGUUACGUCAGAGUUAUUGAAAGAGAAGCUAAAACUGUUCAACAAGCAUUUUGAUGAGAUGUAUAGAGUUCAGUCUACUUGGUCUGUUUAUGAUAAGAAGCUGAAAGAAGAAAUAAUAAUAUCAGUGGGAAAUACUUUGUUGCCUGUAUAUGGAAUCUUCAUUGGGAGGUUCCGGGAUUGUUUUGGUGUUCAUGCUAAUGAAUAUAUUGAAUAUGGAAUGUUUGAGAUUCAAGAUCGACUCAACAAUUUGUUUCUGGGAAAAAGAUAGACGAAUCAUCAAAAUUUAGAUGAACCAUUUGGUUGAGUUUUCCGGUAUGUUUCCUCCACUGAAGUAAUCAAAUUUGAGACAUGUUAAACAAUAAAUAUAGAUACUUUGUAGUGUAUGAUUAGUGAUAAUGAUUAAGAAUAUUAUGUAUUUGGAUCCUCUGCCGCGACUGCACUGUAGAGGCUAUUUAUAUAGUCUCUACGGUGGUUUCACCGUGCAAAAACUAGGUAUGUGAGUGUGUAUAUAUAUUUCAAAAUUAGGAAAUAUAGGAAAGAGGUGAAUUGAAAUUCUGUGGUUUGUUGAAGUAUAAUUUGUAUCAUUAUUAGCAAGCAGUUAAGUUUGUACAUGCUAUAUCGAGGUUAUACAUUAAUGGUAAAUUAUAAAUGUCUAUUUCUUUACAA